UGUUUUUCAGUAUGUUUGAUCAUUACAAGUUGCACUAAUAAGAAUUGUUAUCAGCAGAGGACAUGUUGCCGUGAGCAGCUUUACCCCUCUGUCGUCAGUGUGUUUGCUGCUCCCAGAAUAACUCCAGUUUAUUAAAAACUGAUCACUAUCUGAUGGUGGUUUUUACAUUGAGAUCCUGAGCAAACAUGUGCAUCAGUUGAAAAACGACUUUUGGUGGAGAUGUGAUGCAUUUAAAUACUUUUAGGUGAGAAAUGAGUGUGAAAAGCCUCUGAUCAGGGCUGUCCACGGCGCUGAGUAGGUGAGGUUUGGAGGCUCCUCAAACAAAACACAUGGAUCAUCAGAGCUCAACAUGACCUCAAUAUGAAGAGAAAUUAGUCCGCUAUCGGCUCCUCCACCUUCAGCCUUCACAACUUGAUGCACAUUUAGUUUAAAGUCUUAAAUCAGUGAAGAGAAAACACAAGUGACUCGACUUUCAGACUGCAAGAGAAGCUACGGGCUGGGUUGAGUCUCCACGGUUCUCAUGAUGUGUUUAAGUGCAGUCCGCUGCUUUGAGCGCUUCAUCAGUCUCAAACUCUCGAGUCCUCGACGAUACAAACUCACAACAGCGGGACAAAAUGGCAGAAGAAGCUCCAGCUCCAGCCGCCGCCGCGCCCAAAGCAGCCAAGAAGAAGGCGUCCAAGCCCAAGAAGGUCGGUCCCAGCGUCUCCGACCUCAUCGUGAAAACUGUGGCCGCUUCUAAGGAGCGGAGCGGAGUGUCUGCUGCCGCUGUCAAGAAGGCUCUGACCGCCGGAGGAUACGAUGUGGAAAAAAAUAAUGCCCGCGUCAAGACCGCCAUCAAGAGCCUGGUGGCCAAGGGGACUCUGGUCCAGAUCAAGGGGAUUGGGGCCUCUGGCUCCUUCAAAAUGAGCAAGACCACUGCCGAUAAACCGGCAAAGAAAGCCGCUCCUAAAGCCAAGAAGCCCGCAGCGAAGAAACCUGUAGCGGCCAAAAAGCCCAAAGCAGCGGCUGUGAAGAAAGUUAUAGCCGCUAAGAAGUCACCGAAGAAGGCCACGAAACCCGCAGCGGCCAAGAAGGUGUCCAAGAGCCCCAAGAAGGUGGCCAAGAGCCCCAAGAAGGUGGCCAAGAGCCCCAAGAAGGUAGCCAAGAGCCCCAAGAAGGUGGUGCAAAAGGCCCCCGCAGCCAAGAAAGCCCCCGUGAAGAAGGCUGCUAAGCCCAAGGCCAAGAAGGCAGCACCCAAGAAGAAGUGAGCUGAAAUCAUUCUGAAGAACCAACACCUCUAAAAAAAA